GAAGCUCGCUCGAAUCUUCUCGAACUGACUCCACACCACCGCCAUUCCUUCUCCUCCUUCUGGUGUAUAUAUUGGCCGUCCUCAUCCUCAAUCCCGACCCAAGUUCUUGCUCGCCUUGUUCUUCGGGGAAGAGAGAGAAAAAGCGCUAAACUUUCCGAUUCCGGCAUUCCCACAAGCAUCUAGACAAUGGCGGAAGAAGGCGUCGUCACCGUCUACAGCAGCAACGUCGUCGCCGACACCAAGAAGAAUCCCUUCUCACUCAAGGUCGGCAUGGCCCAGAUGCUCCGCGGCGGCGCCGCCCUCGAGGUCACCUCCGUGGAGCAGGCCAAGAUUGCCGAAGAGGCCGGCGCCUGCUCCGUCGUCGUCUCCGAUCCGUCCGGACCCGCUGGGGGCAUCUCGCGCAUGCCCGAUCCCUCCCUCGUCAAGGACGUCAAGCGCGCCGUCUCGAUCCCGGUCGUCGCGCGGGCCCGCGUCGGGCAUUUCGUGGAAGCCCAGAUCCUGGAGGCCAUCGGGGUCGAUUACGUCGACGAGAGCGAGGCUCUCGCGAUCGCUGACGACGACAAUUUCAUCAACAAGCACAAUUUCAGGAGCCCCUUCGUCUGCGGGUGCCAGAAUCUCGGAGAGGCGUUGAGGAGAGUGAGAGAAGGUGCAGCGAUGAUCAGGACGCAGGGCGAUCUGGUCGGAUCCGGGAAUGUGGCCGAGACGGUCAAGAAUGUCAGGUCAGUGAUGGGGGAGAUGAGGGUCUUGAACAACAUGGACGAUGAUGAAGUUUUUGCAUUCGCGAAGAAGAUUGAGGCGCCUUACGAUCUCGUGGCGCAGACCAAGCAAAUGGGUCGCCUCCCCGUCGUCCAUUUUGCGGCUGGAGGGAUCAUAACUCCAGCCGACGCAGCGCUGAUGAUGCAAUUGGGGUGCGACGGCGUAUUUGUGGGUUCCGAGGUUUUCAAUUGCUCGGAUCCAUAUAAGCGCGUGCAGGGCAUUGUCCGAGGCGUGAGGCAUUACACGGAUCCACACGUGUUGGCGGAGACAUGCUCCGGGCUUGAGGAAGGAAUGGCAGGGCUCCAUCUCGGUCAGGAGAGGAUCGAACAAUUUGAGGCCGGGGAUGGGUUGUAACUGAGUUUUUCUUGCCAAAAGUAUAUGCCUACUCUGUUACAGAGGUAGGGAAUACAGGUACAUCUUCUUGUUUGA